UUUUAAGCAUUAAAUUCAGAAAAUCUUUCUCCUUCUUCCAUUAAUUUUGUUAUAAUUAGCUGUCCUGGAGAACAUUUUUGUGGAAAUUUAGCUGAUUUUCCAACAUCAACAAUUUUUAUGUGUACAGACAUUGCUGUACCUGGUCCUUUUUAUGCAACAUUUGAUCAUCAUUUUACUUUUUUGGAUGAAGAUGGACAAAUAAGUGUUUGGCGUGAUUUAAGAACAGAUUCAAGUGAUAAAUGUGUAUUAUCAAUUUUGGUUGAUAGAGAAGGGGAAGGAAGGAAUUUUGAUUUUAUUGGAGUUAAAAUUGACGAAUACCUUCUUACUCGUUUUGGGUUAAAUGAAGAGAAUAUUUUGAUUAGAAAAACAUUUUAUGAAAUUCCAAAAUGUGCUUGUUAG